CUUGGAGAAAAUAUCAAAAGACUCCAUUGUCUUCUCUUAGGGCUCUACAGCAGAAGCUCAGAUUCGAAGAACAAUCACAACGAAUUCCUCAAAAUUGCCUUGUAAAUUCUAGGAGGUCGAGAAGGCGAGAUGCUAGGAGAAUGUGGGAGGAUAUCAGAGAUAGAGAAACCGGUCGAAUUCGUUCUAAUUCCUUCGCCAAUCGAUUCAAAUCCCAUCGGGUCUCGUCCCUCCAGCUCUCGAAUCGCAAAGACUUUGUCUCUCCUCAUCGUGGCUCCGUCAAUUCGCUCCAGGUUGAUUUGACAGAGGGGAGAUAUUUGCUCUCUGGAGCAUCAGAUGCUUCAGCUGCUGUGUUUGAUGUUCAGCGGGCCACUGAUUACGAGGCAAGUGGUCUUAUUGCGAAGCACAAGUGUAUAUUUACUGUCGACAAGCAACAUGAAAAUGGACAUAAAUAUGCCGUAUCCUCUGCCAUAUGGUAUCCCAUUGACACAGGGCUGUUCGUUACAGGUUCAUAUGACCAUUACGUAAAAGUCUGGGAUACAAAUACCGCACAGGCGGUUGUGGAUUUUAAAAUGCCGGGAAAGGUGUAUAAGACUGCCAUGUCUUCCUUGGCAAUGUCUCACACAUUAAUUGCGGCUGGAACUGAAGAUGUACAGGUUCGCCUCUGUGAUAUAGCUUCCGGGGCUUUCGCUCACACGUUAUCUGGUCACCGUGAUGGUGUAAUGUCUGUGGAAUGGUCUACUUCUAGUGAGUGGGUAUUGUUUACCGGAGGACGUGAUGGUGCAAUACGUUUUUGGGACAUUCGGCGUGCUGGAUGUUUUCGUGUUCUAGAUCAAUCACAGACACAACUUGGUAGACGCCCACCUAUUCUAAAGCGUGCAGCAGUUAACAGUAAGGUUUCAGCAUCAAAAUCUUCAUCUGGAGGUCAAAAUCUUCAUGUAAGGUCAAAGGCGCAAAGGAAACAUUCAGACAGCCAGAUUUUUAGGGGAUCAUCUAGUGGUAAAUCUUCAGUGGACAGAACUGGUCGAAAAGAAAAGAGACUUCACCCUGGAAUGUUAUCUAGUCUAGAUCGGGCUACUGCUCAUUAUGGCGUUGUUACGAGCUUAAAAGCAACUAAUGAUGGGAUGUACCUUCUUAGUGCAGGGUCGGAUUCGAGAAUAAGAUUGUGGGAUAUUGAAUCUGGAUGCAAUACCCUUCUGAACUUUGAGACUGGACGCUUGCAGACUAACAAGGCAACUGAGUUAGCCACUAGUGAUGAACCAGCUCUGGUUUUUGUUCCAUGCAUGAAAACUGUCAAGGCUUUUGACAUUUGGUCGGGUAAAACAACGCUGGCAUUUCGUGGGCACUACGACGUCGUCAACUGUUGCUGGUUCGAUUCCCUUAAUCAGGAACUGUACACAGGAGGAACCGAUAGACAAAUACUCACAUGGUCGUCACCAUACGGAUCCAGCGCAGAUGAGAUGGAAAUGGACACUGUGGCAGAAGACAAGGAUAACUGGAGCGACUGAGAGAAGAAGAGCUCGUUACUCCAAUAUGUGUUUACGUUUUGAUUCUCUCCCCCAAUGUGUUUUUUGUUUCCACUCUCUAAUGGGGUUUGGUCGGAAAAUCACAACUAUGAAACAGUUGACAGCAACUACAUUUUUUUUCCGUCAUUGAAGUCGUACUUGAAUACGUACAUGUUGCUGAGUUUUUGUAAUUUAAUUGGCCUUUUUGGUUAAUAAAUGGGUUUCUCAUUGUCCUUUU